AUGGCAACUGCCGCUGGUGUUGAUGACAACGAAUGGCAAAAAUUGCCAUGUGAAGAGAAAGUACAACACAAAGCAUGGAAAGCUCGUAUGAUUGGAUAUGAAGAAUGUGCAAAAUUAUUUCGUACACAAGAUUCAGAUAAAAGUCCUGAAUUUAGUAAAUAUCUUGGACUUGUUAAAAAGUUUGUUGUUGAUCCAAAUGAAAAUGCUCGUGAAAAAGCACUUGAUGCAAUAUUUGCUUUUGUCGAAGAAGCACAAGUAGCCGGAAAAACUGUAGGCGAAGUAGCAUCUGGUUUGAUUAGUAAAUGUUUAAAUGGACGUGCUAAAAUGAAAGAACGAGCAUUUGAUAUUCUUUUAAUGUAUAUUGAAAUUGAAAAACAAGCAGAUAUUGAAGAAGAACUUAUCAAAGGUUUUGAAAAUAAACAACCAAAAAUUGUUCAAGCUUGUCUUGAAUUACUUCGACGUGGAUUAUCAGAAUUUGGUUCAAAAGUUCUUCCAAUAAAACCUUUUCUUAAACAAGUUAUUCCAUUACUUGAAGAUCGUGAUAAAACUGUUCGUGAUGAGGCUAAAUUAUUACUUGUUGAAGUUUAUAAAUGGAUUGGUAAACAAACUAUUAUGCCAAUGAUACAAAAUGUUAAACCUAUUCAAAUGCAAGAAUUACAAACUGAAUUUGAUAAAUUAGAUUUGAAUGGUGCUGAUAAACCACGACAAACACGUUUUCUUCGUUCACAACAAAAUGUUAAACAAAAACAAGGACAAGCAGCUGCAAGCGGUGGUGGUGGUGCUGCUGCAAUAGUUGUUGGUGAUGAAGCGGAAGCCGAAGUACAAGAAGAAGCUGAUCCACUUGAAAUGUUAGAAGCUGCUAAUGUUCUUGAUCGUUUGCCAAAAGAAUUCUUUGAAAAAAUUGAAUCAAAACAAUGGAAAGAUCGAAAAGAAGUUCUUGAUGAGUUAUUAACUUUAUUAACACAAAAUCCAAAAUUAGCACCUGAAGCUGAUUAUUUCGAACUUAUUAAAGCACUUUCAAAGAUUAUUUCAAAAGAUAGUAAUAUACCUGUUGUUCUUGUUACAGCUAAAUGUAUGACAGCAUUAGCUAAAGGUUUAAGAAAAGCCUUCAAAAAUUAUACUAUCAAUGUACUUGAAGUAUGUUUUGAUCGUUUUCGUGAAAAAAAACCAAAUGUUAUCGAAGCAUUACGUGAAACAUGUGAAGCUUCAUAUCCUGGAACAAAUCUUGAACAAAUGUCCGAAAUAGCUGUUGCUGCAUUAGCACAUAAAACACCUAUUGUUCGACAAUGUACACAACAAUUUCUUACAAAAUGUUUUGCUAUGGCAACACAAACAACAUUACCUAAGAAAGUUCUUAAAAUUUAUUUACCAGCAUUAAUUAAAAAUACAGGUGAAGCAGAUGCAGGUGUACGUGAUAGUGCAUUUGAAAGUCUUGGUAUGUUAUGGAAAUGUCUUGGUGAAAAACAUAUUCUUCCACAUGUAACUGACUUAGAUGAACUUAAAUUAACAAAAAUAAAAGAAUAUGCUGAAAAAUCGAUUUUAUUAAAUGCACGUGGGGAACCUCGUCCACCACCGUCAGCUGCUCCACCACCAACAACAACAAUGGUCAAAACGGUUAAAGGUGGUGGUGCUGUUGUUGUUAAACCAGAAGUUGUUGUGCCUGAAAAGGAUGAUGAUGAAGAAGAAGCACCUACUCCAUCGCCUCCAACUAAAGCAAGUACAGCUACUACUAAAAAGAAAACUGCGGCUGGUGCCAAAGCCGGAGCUGCUGCUGAAACAGCAGAUGACAAGAAAAAAGAUUCUAAAGCAAAGACAACUGUACCUCCAUCUGGUAAAACUCCUCCAAAUAAUACUGCUGGUAAUGCUGCUUCAACAACAGUCAAAGGUGGUCGACCGGGAGUUGCUCCUGGCAAAGGUCGACCAGCAACGGCUCCAUCACCACCGAAACAACACAUAGAAACUGAAUUAGAAUCAACAACAGCAGGACAACACGAAGAUCAUCAACGUCCUGCUACUGCACAUCGUAUUCAAUCAAAAAUCGAGAAAAAACAAGGCCAAUUUCAAUUAGCACUUGAUGAUGAUCAUAUGGACGCUCUACGUUUGCCUGAUCUCCUAUCAAGUGAAUUACCAAAUGAUUAUGAUCUUCCAGAUUUACCACCACGAACUGUACCAACAACAUCCAUACCAGUUUCAUAUUUAGCUUCAUCAUCUGAUUGUCGUCAAUCAAUUGAUCUUGUUAUUGCACUUAUAGCUGAUCAUGAGGUUGCAAAUAGUUUAUCAUCAUUAGCACAAAUUGAUGAAGUUCUUAAUGAUGCUAAUAAAUGUAUAUAUCUUGAACAACAUGUUGAUAAACUCUUACGUAUGCUUUCAAUGAAAUUACGUAUUGCACAACAAAAUCAUUUAUAUGAUUCAUCAUUACCUAGUGAUAGUGUUGAACGUUUAUUUCGUGGUAUAUUAUCUGUUUUACUUGAUCUUUUUUCACGUUCACAUCUUGCUAAAUUAGCAACACGUGAUACAUUAAAAGAAUUACUUAAUGUUCUAUUGCCAUUUGUUGUUGUAACAAUAACACCAACAACAAAUCAUAGUCAUAAUUUAGCAUCAAGAAUUGAUGCAGCAUCAAAUGAAGAUUUUGUUCGUAUUGUUAAUGUUAUUGUCUUGAAAAUUUUACAAAAUGCACAUAUGACUUAUGUUUUAACAGCAUUAAUUCGUCUUCUAACAGAAUGUUGUUUACCAAGUGAUUUUUCUAUUAAUGAUCCAUUUGUUAAACUUGUACUUAAGUGUCAUUAUCGUUUGGUUCGUAUGUUUCCAUUAUCACUUAAAAAUAAUCCAUCAGAAAUCGAUUCAACACAAAUCUUAAUUGAAAUAUCUUCCUUUCUUAAACAACUUCCAUCACGUCGUUGGCAAUUAUCACCAAAUAAUGAUUUUCCACUUCGUAUAAUAAAAACUUAUCUUCAACAAUUAGUUGAUGAACGUCAACGUUCAAUUCUGGAUGAUUUAUCACGUAUACCCAAUGAUCAGCAACCAAUAUCAGAUGAAAUGCGUCAUUAUAUACAUCGUAAAUUAAAAGCAAUAACUGUAUCAUCAACAAAUAGUGAACAAGUAACUCAACAACAUCAAGUUAUGUUAAAAACAAUUUUUCAAAAAUUUGCUCGUCGUGAACAAGUUAAAGUUGGUCUAGAAGAAUUAUAUGAUUUUAAAUUACGUUUUCCAAAUGUUGAUAUUAAUCCAUUUUUGGCAACAACAGCUGAUGCUUUUCAAAAAUUUAUUCAUGAAGGCUUAGCACGUGUACAUGCUCAACGUACAGCAGCAGCUGCUGCUACUGCUACACCACCAACAACAACAAAUUUAUCAUCACCAUCGUCAACUGUUCUUCGAGAUAAAACACAAACAAUAACAUCUGUUCCAGCACAAUCGUCACCAAAUUCAUUUUAUUCACAAUAUGCACAAAUUCAUGAAGAAAAAUUACGUCAAUUAAAAGAACAAUUUGUUUGGAUUGAUACAUUACCAACAGCAACAAAUAUUGAACAACAAAAAUCUAUAUCUGAUGAUGAUUUUGUGACAAUUUAUAAUAAACGUAUGGCAGCUAUAAAAGAAAAAUUUCGUGACCAACUUGGUAAUACAUUUGCAUCAUCAUCGACACCAAUUGAUCCUCAAGUUUAUGCACAACAUCUUUCUCAAAUGCGACAACAGUGUGGUCUUGCUGCAACACCAAUUACAACAGGACAGGAUCCAUUUGAUGCUGAGGUCGAAUCUCGUUUCAAUAAUGGUGGUACAGCCGCUACUAGUACGACUGACAUAAACACUCGAUUAACAGUUGGACGAUCAAAUAAAAUAUCUGAGCCUCAAAUAGAACCAUCUCCAUCAUUGUCAGCUCCUAUGGAUUCAUCGACACAACGUACACGUGAACUACUUCGUCAACGACUUGAACGUGUUAAACAAGGCAUCAUUGAGUGA